AAGACACAUUCAAUACUUUAUGGCAUGGCACCCCAGAACGAAAUGGUAUCCUUUCACGUCUUCAACAUCGUGCAUCAAAAGAUCGAACCUUGCACCCACUCCCUUUUUUGGCAUGUGGUCCAGGAACAGGAAAGAGCAGAUUCCUAGAGGAAGCUGCAAAUUUGAUUAUGCAUGAAGUAGAUAAUUCUAAUGAUAGUAACCUUAAGGCUGCCUUCUCUAAACUUGUUGCUGUUAACAUCACAUACGGAAAUGGCACUUCUGCAAGUCAAUAUGAUAAAACAAUUGGAGGUGAAGCAUCAAUAGCUGUUCGGCUACUUUAUCAGCAUUUUAUUAGUUGUGAUAAUCCAAAGAUUGAGUUUGAAGGAUUCAGUCAAGUGGGAAACAUGAGAGAACUGCGAUUGAGAACUGCUAUGGAACUUAUUGCUGAAGAUUUCCUUUCUGACACAUCAGAUAAUCCUACAAUAAUCAUCAUUGGCAUUGAUGAACUGAACUUACUCUACCAAAUUAAUCGAGAAACUCUUCGCCAGGUUGUGCAUGCUGUUGGAAGUCAAAGCUGUCGGGGUGCACCAAUUUUUGUCAUUUCUAUCCUAGCUGGUACAGUUCAAGGGCCUAUGGAGGAACUUGUUAAAGAAUCAACUUAUCUUCUUCUGCAUCUCCCACUUCCCCUCCUCACUGAUGUUGACAUGCUGUAUAUUGCUCAUUCUCUUCUGCCUGAUAAAUAUAUCCAUAGCAACUUUGUGUUUCGCCGUUGCCUUUCAGACAUAGGUGGAAUGGCUCGAGCCAUGGAAUGUUUCUUUAGUAAAAUCAUAGAGGAGAAACUUAGUAUUAACAAUGGAAAUGAAGCAGAAAUUACUGAAAACAAUGCAGAAAUUAUUGAAAAUGAAGCAGAAAUUACUGCUCUGGAUGCAAUUGAUUUAAUGAAAAUAAUACAAAGAUUGGUAGUUGACUUAACCACCAAAUAUCCCUUCAAAGAAUAUGCAAGAUUUGUCACUCCAAUGGUGGCACAUGCCAUUCUGGAAUUACCAAUCAAGGAUUCUGAUGGCUUUCAAGUCACAAAGCAGGAGGGUGACAAGACUAAUGAAUACUUUGUAACAUACAAGGAUAUUAAGUCAGCAGGUAUUAUCAAUCUUGACCUUGCUGAUUCAAAUACCAAUUUAUGGUAUAUCCGCCUUCCAUAUUUGUGGUUAUAUAUAAUUGUCUCAGAAGCUGGUGAGAAAUCACCUUUCAAAACCUGGCAAGGAUUCAUCGACCCUGAAAAGCCAAUAUAUUGGGAGGAAUGGGAGUCAUUCUGCAUGGAAUUCUGGGCUUUACGUUUGCGUCUUUUUUCUGCAAUCAGCAGUAACACUGACAAAAGGCACAGGAAGUUACACACACAGUAUACAAAUGUGUACAUCAAUGGCAAAGGGUCUGUGUGGGAUGGUUUUUCAUAUCUUCAUGGAGACUCUGAUCGGAUGCUUUUAUCUUUUCAAAUGAAGUUUGCUGAAUCUGACUCUAAAAAUCCUCAACAAAUCAGUGAGGAGCUAAUUGGCAAAGAAUUUGAUAAAGCUUCAAAUGCUUACAAACAGUUAUUGAAGACAAACAACUUUCCAAAAACAACACAAUGGGGUAUGCUUGUUUUAUCUAACGCUUUUCGAAAGCAUGAUGUGACUCAAGAUAAUCUUCCUGCACAAUGUGCUGUGGUUGACCGUUCAAAUUUCCAAGCCUUUUUUGGGCAAACUUUUGCCAGUCGUGCCCAGUUUGUAGCAGAAGGAUAUAAAAUUUAUAUCAAUAUGGCACCAUCCUACAUCCUUCAACUCAUUCCUAAAGUUGGGGAUGUCAUUGCAAGGGAGAUAAUUUCGAAUAGGAAAAGAAAGCGUUUUGAGAAUGUUGAUGACCUCCUUGCACGUGUUCCAAAGUUUCCCCGUAAAAGUACAGAGGCCAUUGUAGUACCAUAG